AUGAAAGAUUUCGAUGAAAGAGAACGGUUGACAAAAGAGGAGCUUGAAAUUGCAGAGUUAGGAAAACCACGUUUAGGCAAAUUCAAACGAUGUCAAAUUACUAUCAGGGAAAGCAAGGAAUUUCGGAGUGUAAUCGAUCGCAUGUUACGGAAUGCCAAUACAUCGUUUAUGCUCGGUACCACAAGUUGGCGUGAACAAUUUAUUGAUGCUUUGACUGUUCAUGCCGAUUUUGAGGAUGACGAAAGCACUGAUCAAGAAGAGAAGGGUAAAGCAGAAGGGAAAUCGAAACCGAUGUUUUUUGAUUAUUUCAGGCAUUUCUUGUCUCUACCAUGGAAAUUAUUGUUUGCAACUAUACCGCCAACAGAUGAGUGUCAUUACUGGAAUGGCUGGGCUGGUUUCAUCGUAUCGAUCUUUUUAAUCGGUGCGCUGACAGCCGUUAUUGGUGAUUUGGCAUCACAUUUUGGAUGUUGGGUUGGUCUGAAGGAUGCUGUUACGGCUAUUUCGUUUGUUGCGCUUGGUACCUCCAUUCCAGAUACAUUUGCAUCUAAAGUAGCAGCAGUCCAAGAUAAAUACGCAGACUCGUCAAUUGGUAAUGUUACCGGCUCAAAUGGUGUCAAUGUAUUUCUAGGAAUAGGAAUAGCAUGGACGAUAGCAGCAGUUUAUCACUGGUGGCAUGGUGAUAAUUUCUAUGUUGAGCCGGGAACACUUGCAUUUUCCGUGACAAUAUUUUGCAUCGAGGCAUUGAUAUGCAUCGCAGUGAUUGUAAUAAGGCGACGUCCUCCUAUUGGAGGUGAACUGGGUGGACCUAUGAAGUAUAAGGUGUUAACAUCAGGUUUGUUCGUUAUUCUUUGGUUUACAUACCUCGGUCUCUCUGCACUCGAAUCAUAUCACGUCAUCUCUGGUUUCUAGAGUAAUUCUAGCACAGCCUAUAGUUUUACACGU